GUUACCGGGAAUCUCGAACAGUCGGCCGAAUGCCGAUUACGUGGGCGCGCGUUCGCGGGACGAGCGUCGUUCGCGAAGAUAGCUGAAGUUGGCCGCGAUCGGUGAGUGCGUCCGAUCGGCUCUCCGGGGUUUCGUGAUUAUCUAAAGAUAUCGAUAUCGUGGGUAUUAAUUCGUGUGCCCUCUGCUCGGCAGCGCGGGCGAGCCGAGUAACGUGCCCGACGCGCGAACGCGCGCGUCCGCGCGGUUAUGUGUCACGGCGGCGCGUUGACAUUUCGCGUGGCGGCGAGUACGCGAGGGAAGCCGGUUGCCGCGAGUGACGGGGCGCGCUGAGGCGCGCGGACAUGUCGGCGAUGUCGUGGGGCACGGCCGCGGCCGGUCGGGCCGCGGUGCCGUGGCGUAGAAAAACGCGCGUAUCCUUGCUGCUGCUGCUGGUGAUGCCGCUGGUCGUCCUCGGAUUGCUGCCGAGCACCGUCGUCGGCGAGAGGAGCAAGAAAUACCAGAUGAGCGACGUCUGCAAGAAGUACUUCCUGCGGGACCUCUACAGGAAGAUAGACGGCGCCGUUCUUACGUCGCAAAAUGAGAGGGAGCUCGAUUGCGCCAUUACUUUCCAGACUCACAGCAUCCUCCAGCGUUUCAUGCUGCGAUUCGAUCAGCUGCAGUUAGACUGCAACGACCAUCUCUACAUCUACGAUGGCGCGCACGCGGUCGGCAGUUACAAGGCAGAUCUAUCCUGCAGGAACACGAAGCAGACCGUGGGCGCGAUUUACACGCGCACGAAUUUCGUGACGUUGAAAUACGUCACCGACGCCUGGGGCACCAACUCAAAUGGCUUCCGCCUCGUCAUCACGGCCGUCAAAGAUCCGAAGCAUACUUGCAAGGAUUUCCGAUGCACUCAGAAUGAAUUCUGCAUCGAGACGGAUCUCCUUUGUGACGGCGUGAAUCAUUGUGGCGAUGGAUCUGACGAGGCCACCUCUACCCUUUGUGCCAACUCCGAGGCAUCGACGAUCCUAGGCAUGCAGACUACUUGGUUCGCCAUCAUCCUUGUUUUUCUGAUACUCAGCAUGGGCAGUCUGGUAACGGCGGCGGUUCUCUGCUUUUGCAAGCAGCGUGUUCCUACCCCGAGGCACCCCCAUAACGCGCACAACACUCAGUCUCAUCCCCCAGUCAGCUUCCCAUGGAUUCCAACCUCGUCGAGGUUCGUCGAAUACGUGACGUCGCUCAAUCGUUGCGGAGUUUCGCUCGCAACGUUCAACCAAUCGUUGCAGCGACCAGUUCCCACCAGACAGUCGCCUGGAAUCGUUCACAGACGCUUCCUCGCGCGCUACCGUGGUCAAGGUGGAGCUGCUGACGGGUACGAGAUGACGAUCGUCAACCGGAAUGAUUGUCCGGCAAUUUGGAGGAUUCUUAUAAUUCUGCUCGUGGCUUGCGAAUUUGCCGCGACCACGCAGACCUUCGUCGUGAGCAACACGUUGGACGAUCAGCUCGGUAAAGACUACUUCGUGGGACCGUGUCUGGUAAACACCAAUCAAACCUGCCCCGACGAGGAGGUGACGUUCUUCCUCUACACAAGAUUCAAUCCGGAAGAGGGACAACAACUGAUAGUAAACGCUACGAGUUCGAAUCUUGCCGACACCAAUUUCGUAUCGGCCUUACCCACGAAGAUCAUCGUUCAUGGCUACAAUUCGGACAUGCAGCUUGGAUAUUUGGUGGAUAUCAGAAACGAGUACUUGAAGAGAGGCAAAUACAAUCUCGUAGCGGUCGACUGGCAUCGUCUGGCGACGGCACCGUGUUAUCCCAUGGCCGUCCACAACGUGCCUCACGUGGGCGACUGUCUGGCACAGCUGAUCGAUCGUCUCAGGGACUACGGUGCCGCGGACAUCCACGUAAUCGGCUUCAGCCUUGGCGCACACGUGCCAGCGUUCUCGGCCAAUGUGCUACGUCCGUAUCGGUUACCAAGAAUUACCGGUCUCGAUCCGGCGAUGCCGCUCUUCAUCACCGUUAAUAAGGACGAGAAGCUCGACGCGAGUGACGCGGAAUUUGUCGAUGUGCUGCACACAAAUGCCUUUAUUCAGGGCAAGAUCGAACCGAGCGGCCACAUCGACUUUUACAUGAACGGCGGGGUCAACCAGCCUGGAUGCUGGGAGCACGGGAACCCAUUCGGGUGUAACCAUCACAGGGCGGCCGAGUAUUUCGCCGAGUCGAUCAACUCGAAGAUCGGUUUCUGGGGCUGGCCCUGUUACGGAUUCGUGUCUUAUCUGCUGGGUCUCUGCCCGCCGAAACAUCCCGCGGUGCUGAUGGGCGAGGACGUCAACGAGAGAUAUCGGGGCUUUCAUCUGGUGAAGACGAGGGCGCAGAGCCCGUUCGCGGAGGGGAUGUUCGCGGUGGAGGAUCUUUAUCAGCGGGAUCUUUAUCAGUGAUUGCAUGCGAGCAAUGUCGGUUCUUCCUCGGGAUAACGUUACCACGUGAUCGCGAGAGAUGGAUUGAUGAAACGCGAGGAAAGGGGGCACGAAAAUGUAAGACCCUUCAUAUUUUAAUACGACGUCGCGUGUCGGCAAGAUUGAGAUAUCUCGGUGAUGUCAAGUGCUUUGUCUUGAGAGAAUCUUGUCAACAUACUUUUGAAGCGGACUUUAUAGAAUACGUGUAUGUGGAAAUUUUAUUUUGAGAAAGAUAUUUAAAUUAUUACAUAUACGUCUUAAAUUUUAAGAUAAUUUAUUGCGUAAUUUCUCUCAAUUAAUUUACUUUUAAAAAUAGCGAGUAUGAUUACUAUAAGUAGACUCUAAUCCUGUUCAAUUAUUUUUUUAUUUUUGAGAACAAAAAUAGAGAUUAUAACUGCAUAUUGUAUUUUGCAGUAGAUUGCUAUACGUAUUAUCUUCUUAUAUAUACAUAAAAAAAAAGAAAAAUAUGACAUAUCCAAAAGGAAUGUGACAGAAUGCUGAAGACGAUUAUGGACUUUGUUGCGGACAGUUGCGGACUGAUUUAAUUUUUAUUAUUGUGCUGCCUCUAGAUUAAAUGAAUGAAAUCGACGAGUAUUGAGCAAAAAAGUCUCACGAGAGCCUCUCUCUUUCUUUGUCGAUUUAGGAAAUAUGUUUCUCGCAGUCUCGCGAAUCUGAUGCUGCGCGAGAAGGUCUAGUAUGUCAAGGUCAGACAACUGCCGAGACCUGCUAAUCGAUAUCUCACCAAAUCGGAGAAAUGGGGCGGACACGACUGCGACAUAUUCGCAGACCAAACAAUUUCUUGUCAGUCAUGCCACGUUCAAAUAAUACGACGUUCAAAUAAAAAGUGCUUACAA